AUCAGCGUCGAGCUUCCCGGCCGACUCGUGUUUACAACGUUUCCAUCCGCCUCGAGAAGCGUCUCUCUGCCUCUCGCUCAAUUUUUUUAAUAUUUCAAGAGGGAAAAUAACCCCUUAAGAGCCUCCGCCGGGAUGUCUUACGCCCCGAAGUCCAAGGUGCAGAAGGUGAUGGUCCUGCCCAUCAACCUUAUCUUCAGAUUCCUCCAGUCACGCGCCAGAGUGCAGAUCUGGCUCUACGAGAACCAGAAUCUCCGCAUCGAAGGCCAUAUCAUUGGCUUCGACGAGUACAUGAACGUGAUGCUGGACCAGUCUGAGGAAGUGCACAUGAAGAAGGGCACCAGAAAAGCCAUUGGUCGCAUCUUGUUGAAAGGGGACAACAUAACCUUGAUUCAAAAUACGCAGCCAGAUGGAACGAGUAUGUAGGCAGGAGGAAACCCAUACAAGAGUUUUUAUUGAAUUAUAGAAAAAUUAAGUUGUAUGAAAGUUUAUAUUUUGCAUCCAAGUCUGUAUUAAUUCUUUUUCUUAUGUUAUGAUAACUUGAAUGGAAGAUUUUCCCUUUUUUUUUUUUUCUAUUACAUAUAUUCAGGGCAGAAAUGGAAAGUAGUUUUGAUUUAUUCAUUGUCCAUUAAUUCAGAAACAGUGAAUAAUUUUAAAAGGUUAUUCCCUUCUGUACUGAAGCCUAGCAAGCCAGAUUCAGCAUAAAAUGUAGAUCCAGUUUUGUUUUUGACUUUUGAAUCGACCAGACUGCUAAGUUGAUAAAGCUUUCCGUGCAUUGCAACUCAGAUUUUUAUUGAAGUAACUGUUAGGAGUCUGGGAAUUCAGAGCUUUGUUAUAUUCAGAUGAGAACAGAGUUAUUUCUGAAAUUUUUUUGUAUUUGUGUUGAUGAAAACCAUGUAAUUUCUUACCAAUGAAUAAAAGAUGAAAAGGAAUAUUUAUGUUAAAUGUUUCUUGUAAUGCCAGUGAACAUUUUGUAAUUACCCACAUCAACCCCGUUUUGUAAUAAAAUGUUAAAAUCUA